AGUUUUCCCUGUGGGAUUUAUCAAUACGCUUUGUGUUGUGAAUUAUUUUAUAUUAAUUUUUUUCGUAAUAAACCAAACGCGACGCCUUGGUUGCAUGCUCGCUCAAGCCAGCAGUACGCCCGUGACCACUGUCAAAGAAGGUAAUGUGUCGCGUAUUACGUAAGAUUUUAGCAAACAAGUACAAAGCGGGAAUCAUAGUAAAAAAAUAAUGAUGAUGCGACAGCGUAUUUGUUGAAAUAUAUAGGUAAAUGUAAGUCGGAAAGUAGUAAAAUACCGUAUCCGAGGUCCUCGACACCCUCGAGAACCUCGGAUACGGUAUCCAUAUUGCUGAAAUCAUAAUUUUGUGCGGCGGCCAUCAUGGAUUUCAAAUAUGAUCACACAAUCGUUAUCUGCACCCUCGAGAACCUCGGACACGAUAUCCAUAUUGCUUAAAUCAUAAUUUUGUGCGGCGGCCAUCUUGGAUUUCAAAUAUGAUCACACAAUCGUUCUCUGCACCCUCGAAAACCUCGGACACGAUAUCCAUAUUGCUGAAAUCAUAAUUUUGUGCGGCGGCCAUCUUGGAUUUCAAAAAUGAUUCCAAAUUCGUUCUCUGCACCCUCGAGAACCUCGGAUACGAUACCCAUAUUGUUGAAAUCAUAAUUUUGCGCGGCGGCCAUCUUGGAUUUCAAAAAUGAUCUCAAAUUCGUUCUCUGCACCCUCGAGAACCUCGGAUAAGAUACCCAUAUUGUUGAAAUCAUAUAUUUGCGCGGCGGCCAUCUUGGAUUUCAAAAAUGAUCCCAAAUUAGUUCUCUGCACCUUCGAGAAUCUCGGAUACGAUUUCCAUAAUGUUGAAAUCAUAAUUUUGCGCGUAAUAUAACAUUUCUCUCAUACGUCGAUAAAAAAUAUUUACUUCGAAAAUGCAUAAAAAAUAUUAUCACAGUAAUUUCGUACUCUAGCUUAACUGUAAGUUUUAAAAAAUAUUACGCGGUCCUUCUGGGUCGGCGGUCGUUGACCCGCAUCGCUCGGUUCGUUCUCAGCCAUGCUCGACGCCCGUAUCCAUGCGUACCUAUCGAAUCUAACGUUCGCGCAAUUUUUACCUAAAGUGCCCCCGCGCAUUAGGCGGCCAGGUCGCUGCGGCCAACUAUUUCUUCGGUGACAUAUGCAAGUGCGCGCACUAGGCGACCAGCGGCCAGCGACCACGUACUGGCCGCGCGGCCAGCAGAAACAUCGCGACUCAACACGCGGCCAGUUAGCCGCCGCGACCAACGAGAUUCACCAUUUGAGAUCAGUGUGCGCGCACUUGUCGCAGCGGCCACACGUGUUUUGUGAAUACAGGAUGUUCGAUACGGAGCGAUUCAUUAUCGAAAUUCAAAACAGAGAAGCUCUAUGGAAUCAGUCGUCGGAUGAUUAUUCGAAUAAAAAUUUAAAAAGGCAAUUAUGGUUGGAGCUGACUGAUAUAUUUGGUGGGGAAAAUUUGGAAGAAAAAGAAAAAGGAGAACUUGGGUUAAGUCUUCAAAUGAAAUGGAAAAAUAUAAGAGACACUUUUACGAGAGAGUUAAGAAGACUCAAGGGCGCCAAAAGCGGUUCAGCUGCUAAGCGUAAAUCAGCUUAUAUUUACUUUGAUCAAUUACAAUUUUUAAUGCCAACCUUAGAAAUUAAUGAGACCAGUGCAAGUUUAUCAGAAACGACGCCGGAAGAAAACGAUAAUCAAACAAAUGAGUUGACUGAUACUCCUGAAAAUACUCGCAAAAAACAAAGAAAAAUACUGACAGCGAAGACUGCACUUCACGACAAGUGGAUAAGCUUACAGCAGUGUUAGAGCAGAGCAUUAAAGCUCGACAAGGAGAUAAACAAAUACCAGAACUAUUAAAAUCAAAAGCAUAAAUUGAAUUGAUUCAGGUUAUAGAUAAAUAUAAAUGCAAUCCUCAAUUUACUGGCUAUGGAUUUCCAAAUACUUCUUUUGAACAUAGUCAAGGUCAUACAGGCUAUUACACCCGGCCAAGAACGGAAAAUUACUCUCAACCAAAUCCAUCUACAUUGGAAUAUUCCCAAAGUAUAUAUCAACGUCAAGAAAGUCAACCUCGUCCAUCUUCUUCCUACUCCACAGCUUCUAGCGACCUUACUUUCCCUCACUCAAAUGAAUCUGAAGCUUCGGGUUUCAUUGAACUGUUUCCGAAUGAUUAAAUGUUUUGGAUUGUUUUA